CUGGCGCUGGCUCUGGCGCUGGCUCUGGGCGGCCGCUGCCCCGCCGCCCCCAACGCCUCGGCCGGGCCCCCGCGCUGCCGCCGCCCCGCGCCCUGCGAGCGGCUCCGCUUCGGAGCCUGCCUGGGCUCGGCGCUGCCCUACACCGCCACCUCCACGCUGCUGGCCACCGACUCCGCCUCGCAGGAGGAGGCGCACGGGAAGCUGCUGCUCUGGUCCGGCCUGCGCAAUGCCCCGCGCUGCUGGGACGUCAUCCAGCCCCUGCUGUGCGCCGUCUACAUGCCCAAGUGUGAGGAUGGGCAGGUGGAGCUGCCCAGCCAGACCCUGUGCCAGGCCACACGGGCACCCUGCACCAUCGUGGAGCGCGAGCGAGGCUGGCCCGACUUCCUCAAGUGCACCACGGAUCGCUUCCCUGAGGGGUGCCCGAACGAGGUGCAGAACAUCAAGUUCAACAGCUCGGGGCAGUGCGAGGCGCCGCUGGUGAGGACGGACAACCCCAAGAGCUGGUACGAGGACGUGGAGGGCUGCGGCAUCCAGUGCCAGAACCCGCUGUUCACCGAGAAGGAGCACCGCGAGAUGCACGUCUACAUCGCCGCCUUCAGCUCCGUCACCAUCUUCUGCACCUUCUUCACCCUGGCCACGUUUGUCGCCGACUGGAGGAACUCCAACCGCUACCCCGCCGUCAUCCUGUUCUACGUCAACGCCUGUUUCUUCGUGGGCAGCAUCGGGUGGCUGGCGCAGUUCAUGGACGGCGCCCGCGACGAGAUCGUGUGCCGGGCCGAUGGCACCAUGCGGCUGGGCGAGCCCACCUCCAACGAGACGCUGUCCUGCGUCAUCAUCUUUGUCAUCGUGUACUACUCGCUGAUGUCGGGCGUCAUCUGGUUUGUCAUGCUCACCUACGCCUGGCACACGUCCUUCAAGGCCCUGGGCACCACCUACCAGCCUCUGCUGGGCAAGACCUCCUACUUCCACCUCAUCACCUGGUCCAUCCCCUUCGUGCUCACCGUGGCCAUCCUGGCCGUGGCGCAGGUGGAUGGUGACUCUGUCAGUGGCAUCUGCUUCGUGGGCUACAAGAAUUAUCGCUACCGAGCCGGCUUCGUGCUGGCGCCCAUCGGGCUCGUGCUGAUCGUGGGGGGCUAUUUCCUCAUCAGGGGGGUCAUGACACUCUUCUCCAUCAAGAGCAACCACCCCGGGCUGCUGAGCGAGAAGGCGGCCAGCAAGAUCAACGAGACCAUGCUGCGCCUGGGCAUCUUCGGCUUCUUGGCCUUCGGUUUUGUCUUCAUCACCUUUGGCUGCCACUUCUACGAUUUCUUCAACCAGGCCGAGUGGGAGCGCAGCUUCCGGGAAUACGUGCUGUGUGAGGCCAACGUGACCAUCGCCACGCAGACCAACAAGCCCAUCCCGGAGUGCGAGAUCAAGAACCGGCCCAGCCUGCUGGUGGAGAAGAUCAACCUGUUCGCCAUGUUCGGCACCGGCGUCUCCAUGAGCACCUGGGUCUGGACCAAGGCCACCCUGCUCAUCUGGAAACGCACCUGGUGCAGGCUGACGGGGCAGAGCGAUGACCAACCCAAGAGGAUCAAGAAGAGCAAGAUGAUCGCCAAGGCCUUCUCCAAGCGCAAGGAGCUGCUGCGGGACCCGGGCCAGGAGCUGUCCUUCAGCAUGCACACCGUGUCCCACGAUGGCCCUGUGGCCGGGCUGGCGUUCAACAUCAACGAGCCGUCGGCCGACGUGUCCUCGGCGUGGGCGCAGCACGUCACCAAGAUGGUGGCCAGGAGAGGAGCCAUCCUGCCCCAGGACAUCUCCGUGACGCCCGUGGCCACACCUGUGCCACCAGAGGAGAGGGCCAACCUGUGGGUGGUGGAGGCCGACGUGUCCCCGGAGCUGCAGCAGCGCGGCGGCCGCAGGAAGAAGAGGAGGAAGAAGAAGAAGAAGAAGGAGGUGACCCCAGACCCCGAGCGCUGCCUGGGCGGCUCCUCCGUCCCUCACCUGCCCCGCCUGCCCCCCCAGCCCUGCCUGGUGGCCUUUGCCCCCGAUGUCCUGCCCGAUGUCACCUUCCCCGGGGGGCAGGGCCGCAGGGCCAACGUGCUGCACGUGAUCAGCAACCCCUUCUGCCCCGAGGGCACAAGCAGCGAGCACCAGGGCUGGCAGCACGGUGGGGGCUCCCUGUGGCCCCCCAGGACUCAGGGGGGCUGGCCAGGCCUGGCCCCCAUCCACUCUCGGACCAACCUGGUGGAUGCAGAGCUGCUGGAGCCCGACUCGGAUUUCUGACACCAACGGGAUGGGGGGUGACACCCCGAGGUGAGGGGGACACCAGAAAGUGCCUCACCCCAUGGGAUCCAUCCCAAACAUUCCACCAUCCUUGGAGGAGUCGUGUCCCAGCCUGGAAUCCCUCCAGCGUCACUGGGAGAGAGGAGCUGGCAGUGGAACAACCCCCAGAGGGAUUUGAGGGUGACAUUUGGGGACAGCUUAGAGCAGGGAGGGUUUGGGCAGCUUUGGGGUGCCCCACCCACAGCUAGAGGUACGUAGAGCUCACCCCCCCACUUCCAUUUUUUAAAAUUCCUGAUUUUUUAAAAGUUUAUAUUGAGAUGGGGAGGUGAAUCCUCUGUUUAUUUUGGGUUCACCUCACUCCCUUCCAGCUCCCCAGACCCAAAUCAGGAUCAGUGGGGUGGCAGCAGCAGGGAGAUGGGAUGGGAAACACAAAAAACCCAAAAACCUCGGGGUGCUCGAGGUGAAUCAGGGUCAGCAACCCCCAGAGCAAAAAGCUUUUUAUUAUUUUUUUAGGAAAAAAAAAGAAAAAUAAAAAUCAAGUCAGAGCAACCCUGUGGCCAGAGGGUUCCAGUCCCUGCUGGUGUUUGGAUUUUCCCUGGUUUUAUUUUUAUUUUUAUUUUUGUUAAGUCCUGGUAGGCUCCUGGCUUUUUUUUUUUUUUUAAUUUUUUUUUUUUU